AUGGCUCGAAACGUCGGGGUUACCACUUUGUCGUGGAGGCGGAAAUGGAUACCUUCACAAAAACGUGGUGGUUUGACAAAAGCUGACAUUAAAAAGAUGUUAACAAAAACAGUUCAGAAAUUCAAGACAAAGUAUUGUGCAGAUUCUGUAGAAUGGUGUCCACUUACAGACAAUGAAAAUCUUUUACUUGUAGGUAAUUAUCAACUUGUAGAAAACACAAGUGCAACAGACACACAGGAUGAAGAUGAUGACCCUUCACCUAAUUCUCGUGUUGGACAGUUGUAUUUAUUCCAGCUGGACCCUGAAUCAACUGAAGAACCGCUAACCAUUUGUGAAGAGAUUGACCACUCAGGUAUAUUGGACAUAAAGUGGUAUUGUUCAGCUCUGAAUGGAUAUCCAACAUUUGGCAUUGUCGAUGCUGAUGGUCAGUUAUCUAUGUUUCAAGUUAUGGGAGAAGAAUCUAAGAAAUUAAAGCAGAUUUUUUGUGAAGAUCUUGGGCUAAAUGUCCUUGGGCUGUCCCUAGAUUGGUCAAAACCCAUUCGAGGCAGUGAUAUUACUUCUGCUUUGCUAGUAGCAUCCAGUUCUGAUGGGAAAUUGUCCACUUGGCAAGUGAGUGAUUCUGGCCUGGAAAAAUUAGCCUACUGGAAGGCUCAUGAUUUUGAGGCAUGGAUAAGUGCAUUUGAUUACUGGAAUCCAAAUUUAGUUUAUUCAGGUGGAGAUGAUUGUCGAUUUAAAGGAUGGGAUUUACGAUCUCCCUCGUAUCAUCCAACUUUUAUCAGCAAAUUACACACAAUGGGUGUUUGCAGCAUUCAGAGUAAUGUAAAUUUUGAUCAUCUCUUGGCCACAGGCAGUUAUGAUGAGCAAUUGAUGCUUUGGGACAAUCGCAAUAUGAAAACUUCUCUAAAAGACAUUGGGCUUGGAGGUGGCAUCUGGCGAGUCAAAUGGGAACCUCUUGUAGGUCACUACAUCCUCACAGCAUCUAUGCAUAAUGGAUUCCAUAUUGUCGACUCUGGACUCCAACAUACAGGAGAUUCCAAUCUUGAAAUUGUAGCUCAUUAUGACAAGCAUGAAUCCCUAGCUUAUGGAGUUGAUUGGCACCAUAGCAGUUUUGUUCCAGCUGGUUAUCAUCAAGAUGAGGCUGGAAAGCAAGAUGUUCGAACAAUAAUUUCCUGUUCUUUUUAUGACAACUCAGUUCAGUUGUGGACAAAAGCUGAAGUAGCAACUACUACUAUUGAUCCUUCUUCAUUAAAAAACACCUAUCUCUUCGUCUCCUUCAUCUUAUUUUCUGCUUCAAAACCUCCUAUUUCGUCUCCUUGUUCUUGUUCUUGUUGUUGUUGUUGUUCUUCUUCUUCUUCUUCUAACCCACCUAUCACUACUUCUUACAAAUCAUCUACAUCUUUAAAACCUCCUGUCUCUUUUUCUUCUUCUUCACAACCAUCUAUCUCUUCUUUUUCACAACCACCUAUCUCUUCAUCAUCACAAUCAUCCAUCUCUUUUUCAAAACCUACAUCUCUUCUUCUUAAAACCACAUGCUUCAAAAGCUUCUCUUUCUUCUUCUUCUUCUUCUUCAGAACAGCGUAUCUAUUCUUAUUAUUCAAAACCAGCUACUUCUUCUUCAUCUUCUUCAAACCCACAUAUCUCUUCUUAUUAUUCAAAACCACAUCUUCUUCGUUUUCUGCUUCAAAACCAGCUAUCUCCUCCUCCUUCUUCUUCUUCUCCUCCUCCUCCUCCUUCUUCUGCUUCUUCUGCUUCUUCUUCUCAUUAUUAUUAUUAUUAUUAUUAUUCAUAACCGCCUAUUUCUCCUUCACAUACUGCAAGAGCUUCUUCUUCUUCUUUUCUUCUUCAGCACUACCUAUCUCUUCUUCAUCUUUACAACCAUCUAGUUCUUCUUCUUUAAAACCAGACCUCUCGUUUUUUUCAUCUUCCUCAAAACCACGUAUCUCUUCUUCAAACCACAAUUAUCAAGAGAUUCUUCUUCUUCUUCUUCUUUUUCUUCUUCUUCUUCUUCUUCUUAUUAUUAUUAUUAUUCAUAACCUCCUAUUUCUCCUUGUUUACACCCACAUAUCUCUUCCUCUACUUCACAACCACCUCUCUUCUUCUUCUUCUUCUUCUUAUUAUUAUUAUUAUUAUUAUUAUUCAUAA